AUGGUGGCUGGAGAAGUUCCUAGUAGUUUUGAUGCUUACAAGAGGAAGAAGUUCUUCAAGGACGCUAGGCACUACUAUUGGGAUGAGCCUUACUUGUACAAGAGAGGACCAUAUAGCAUUUACAGGAGAUGCAUAGCCGAAGAAGAUGUCCAAGGAGUUCUAGAGAAUUGCCAUGGGUCUGCUUAUGGACGUCACUUUGCCACAUUCAAAACCGCAAAUAAGGUUUUGCAAUCUGGGUUAUGGUGGCCUACAUUGUUCAAAGAUGCAGCAAGCUUCAUUGCCAAGUGUGAUCCAUGCCAAAGGAAAGGAGGAAUCACCAAGAGGGAUGAAAUGCCACUAAACCCAAUUCUAGAGGUUGAGAUCUUUGAUGUAUGGGGAAUAUACUUCAUGGGACCUUUCAAGCCUUCCUCAAACGGGCACAACUACAUUUUGGUUGUUGUGGACAAUGUGUCCAAAUGGAUUGAAGCCAUUCCUUGCCCAGCCUGUGAUGCCAAAGUUGUUAUCAAACUUUUCAGAACCAUCAUCUUUACAAGAUAUGGCAUCCGAAGGGUUGUUAUUUCGGAUGGAGGUUCCCAUUUCAUCAACAAGGUGUUCGAAAAGUUGAUGAAGAAUUAUGGAGUCAAGCACAAGGUGGCUACUGAUGUACUUGCAUUUUGCAUGUCUUUUGGAGCAUAUGGGAUGAAAGGAGAAAGGAAGGACUUGGUGCAUGGACGCAGCUCAACUGGAUACGCAAAGGAAGAAGGAGGAAGUCAUCUUGAAGACCAGCUCGACCAUCCGGUCGAGUUCCUCAACUCGACCGGCCAAGCUUCAACUCGAUCGAGCUGA